AUGGCCAGCUAUUAUAGACGCAAAAAGGCAGACACGGUAUUCCUGAAUGCCAAGCCCAUAAACAGCGGCAAUGCGCAAGCCUAUCUUCAAGGAGUCCGGAAGUAUUCUAUUGGAUUGGCUGAACGUUUGGACAACGACUAUAUACCGCCGGCAAAUGAUAAGAAACGCGGUUCUACAAGCACGGUGGGCUCCAAUAAUCCAGACUUUACCCCGAGCGUUUUUUAUCGCAGUAUUGCGCCGGUUAAUUGGUUCCUACGGAUCAUCGGGGUUCUGCCCAUUGUGCGCCGAGGUCCCGCCCGCGCCAAAUUUGCUCUAAAUUCGGCGCCUUUCGUCUAUUCGGUUGUUUUCUUCGUUUUUCUAGCGUUCUAUGUGGGUUACGUGGCCAACAAUCGAAUUCACAUAGUGCGCUCGCUGAGCGGACCCUUCGAGGAGGCGGUCAUCGCAUAUCUGUUUCUGGUCAAUAUUCUGCCAAUUAUAAUAAUACCCAUACUGUGGUUGGAGGCCAAGAAGAUAGCGCUCUUGUUCAACGACUGGGAUGACUUUGAGGUACUCUACUAUCAGAUCUCGGGUCACAGUUUGCCGCUCAAUCUACGGCAGAAGGCGAUCUACAUUGCCAUCCUGCUGCCCAUACUCUCGGUGCUGUCCGUGGUCAUCAUUCACAUAACCAUGUCGGAUUUCAAUCUCAAUCAGGUGGUGCCCUACUGCAUACUGGACAAUCUGACGGCCAUGCUGGGCGGCUGGUGGUUUCUCAUCUGCGAGGCGAUCAGCACCACUGCCUAUCUGCUGGCGGAACGCUUUCAGAAGGCACUGAAGCACAUCGGGCCCGCCGCCAUGGUGGCGGACUAUCGUGUCCUGUGGCUGCGCCUGAGCAAGCUGACCCGGGACAUGGGCAAUGCACUGUGCUACACCUUUGUUUUCAUGAGUCUCUAUUUGUUCUUUAUCAUCACUCUGUCGAUUUAUGGACUCAUGUCACAGCUGUCGGAGGGAUUCGGCAUUAAGGAUAUCGGACUGACCAUAACGGCGCUCUGGAAUAUCGGACUGCUCUUCUAUAUUUGCGAUGAGGCCCAUUAUGCCUCGGUUAAUGUGCGCACGAAUUUCCAAAAGAAACUUUUGAUGGUCGAACUCAAUUGGAUGAACUCGGAUGCACAGACGGAGAUCAACAUGUUUUUGCGCGCCACCGAAAUGAAUCCCUCGAACAUCAAUUGCGGCGGCUUCUUUGAUGUCAAUCGCUCUCUGUUCAAGGGCCUGAUCACCACAAUGGUCACCUAUUUGGUGGUGCUGCUGCAGUUCCAGAUCAGCAUUCCGACGGACAAGGGCGACGGCGUUGGCAACUCAAAUGUGACCGUGGCCGACAUGUUGAUGGACAGUUUGGGCAAUGACAUGACCUUGCUGGGCACGCCCAGCUCCACCUUGGCACCCACAACUACAACAACACCAGUCGGCCGAUCUGGGCGUGGCCGCAAGGGUUAA